GAUUUGGUCAGUUGUGAGUAACAUCUCUUGCCGAACUAAUCACCAUGGACUUUUACUACUUUCCGGCCUCGGCUCCGUGUCGGUCUGUUAUAAUGACAGCCAAGGCUCUGGGAAUCGAUCUCAACAUGAAGCUACUGAAUCCCAUGGAGGGCGAGCAAAAGAAACCCGAGUUUCUGAAGCUCAAUCCCCAGCACACCAUCCCCACCUUGGUGGACGAUGACUUCUCCAUCUGGGAGUCGCGGGCUAUUUUGAUCUAUCUGGUGGAGAAGUACGGCCAGGAUGAUUCCCUAUACCCGCAGGACCCCCAAAAGAAGGCGGUGGUCAACCAGCGACUCUUCUUCGACAUGGGUACUCUGUUCGAUAGUUUCUUGGCGGCUAUCUAUCCGCAGUUCAAGAACAACACACCUGCUGAUCCGGAGGCCAUGAAGAAGGUGGACAGCGCCUUCGGGCAUUUGAACACCUUCCUGGAGGAUCAGGACUACGUGGCCGGCGACACUCUCACCAUAGCCGACAUAGCCAUCCUGGCCUCCGUGUCCACCUUCGAGGUGGUGGACUACGAUUUCAGCCCAUUCCCGAACGUGGCCAGGUGGUAUGAGAACGCCAAGGAGGUGACUCCCGGAUGGGACGAGAACUGGGAGGGUGUGCUUAUCAUCAAAAACUACAUCGAGAAGCAGCGCCAGAAGGAGUGAACUUACCUAAGCAAUAUUUAUUUGUUAAAUAAAUUAUUAAAAGUAUUAAUACCAUAUAUGGUUAUCAAAAUAUAGAAA